ACAUACAGCACAUUAAGCGCAGGGACAUCCUCCUGAAGAGGGAGCUGGGAGAGGGGGCGUUCGGGAAGGUCUUCCUGGCUGAGUGCUACAACCUGAUUCCCACCAAGGAUACCAUGCUGGUGGCUGUCAAGACACUGAAACCAACAGCGUGUCCCUUUGGUUCCCAGAGCCUGAAGGACCCCAACCUGUCAGCCAGAAAAGACUUCCAGAGAGAAGCUGAGCUGCUCACCAACCUCCAGCACGACCACAUUGUUAAGUUCUAUGGGGUCUGUGUGGAUGGAGAUCCCCUCAUCAUGGUGUUUGAGUACAUGAAGCAUGGGGACCUCAACAAGUUCCUCAGAGUCCAUGGUCCAGAUGCUAUGAUCCUUGUGGAUGGCCAUCCCGUUCAAACUGACGGAGAGCUGGGUCUGUCCCAGAUGUUACACAUCGCUACCCAGAUCUCAGCCGGCAUUGUGUACCUGGCCUCCCAGCACUUUGUCCACAGAGACCUGGCCACCAGGAACUGUCUAGUGGGCAACGGGCUGUUGGUGAAGAUAGGAGACUUCGGGAUGUCCAGAGACAUCUACAGCACAGACUACUACAGG